GCCUUAGUUGUAGUUUCGAUUGUUAUUAACAUGGGAGUAACUGGAUUAUGGAAACUUUUAGAAGGAAAUGGAAGACAAGUUGAACUUCAUACAUUGGAGGGAAAGAUUUUAGCUGUAGAUAUCAGCAUAUGGCUGAACAUGGCAAUCAAGGGAAUGAGAGGUCAAUCUGCCAACAAUGCUCAUUUAAUAACGUUAUUUCACAGAAUCUGUAAGUUGCUUUACUUUGGCAUUAAACCUGUCUUUGUAUUUGAUGGUGGUGCCCCUGCAUUGAAGCAACGCACAUUAAAAGAACGUAGACAGAAGAAAGAUAUGAACAUUAGACAAAGUAAAAAUGCUUCAGAGAAGGUUCUUCAAAAUUACUUAAAGCGCCAAGUCUUGCAACUUGCUAUUAAAUCCAAAGAUGGGGAAAAAGUAUCUUCUAGUUCUGAUAGAGCAACAGAUUCAAACAAUGAAACUGCGAUAGAUACAUCCGAACUACUUCCACCAAAAGGAAAAUAUUUAAAGCCAGAUGAAGAUAUUUUUCAUCUUCCUCCAAUGAAGGAAGGGUUAGAGAUGGAGGAAUCAGAUGAGGAGAGAGAGGAACAAUGGAAGCAAAGAUCACAAACACGAGAUGUUGUGUAUGGGUCAGCCAUGCAGGGUGACUUCCAUGAAAUGAUGCAGAUUGAUGUAAACUCGGAUGACUUUCAAUCCAUGCCAUCAGACAUCAAACAUGAGCUUCUCAUGGACAUCCAGGAGAUUAGGAAGAGAAGACGAACACAGCUGGAGGCGAUGCCAGAUAAAUCAGAUUCCUUUUCGAACUAUCAGCUCAGUGGGCUUCUGGCAAAACGAAAACUGACCACUCAGAUUCGUGGAAUUGAAAAUCAAAUGAAGCGUGAACAUACAUCGGCGAACACACAUGGCUAUCAAGGAGAUGUGGAGAUAAGUCAGAUCAGUUCGGACAACAAGAUGCACUAUGUUCUACUAAGAGGCCUUAAAAAGCGAAAGGCAGAAGUGGAAAAAGAGGAAAAGUAUGAAGAAAUGAAUUCUUUGAAAAGUAACUUGGAAUUUAAAUCCGAUAGUUUACCUUCAUUCAGUGAAGAAAUAGAUAUUGUUAAAUCAAACACAGAAAGUACAGUAUCUGUGCGUGAUGACUCAGUAAAAACUAUAAAUAUCAGCAGUGAUGAUUCAGCAGAUUUGCUUUCUUCAAAUGUUGAGUUGGUGGAAAAUAAAAUAUCUAAGAAAACUGAAAAUAAAAUAUCUGAGCAAAAUGAUCGCAUAGUCGAAUCCAGUGUGUCACCAAAGAAACCAAAGGUAGAGAAUUCCUUGGUGUCACCAACUCAGUCAUUAAUGUUACCAAUAGAGACCACCACUAAGGAAAUAUUGAACAGUUCAAGUGAAUUUGGGAAAGACAACAUAAUUAAAGAAGAGGCCACGAAUAAUACUGUCAUAACACAACAGGAACCUACAUUAGAAGUGGAAAAAUUAGAAAAACCUGAAAUUGUUCAACCUUCUGCAGUUACAAAUAUAAAUCAGUUUGUCAAAUCUUUAACUGCUGCAUCUGCGGAAAAAGUGGUCGGUCAAGAAGUUAUCUGUGAAAAUGAGAUUGCUCCUGCUGCUAAAGUGGAUGUUAGUAAAGAAGAGCUGCUGAAGAAAAAUGAAGAUUUAGAUGAAAGUGAUGAUGAUUUUGUGGAAGUGGUCGAUAGACAAGGAGUAGUAUUGGAAGAUGAAGAGCAGAGUGUGGAGGCGACUCCUAUUACACAACAAAGUUUAGAAGAGUUGCCUCCUGCUGCUAAUCCUUGGGUUGGAAUGCAAAAAGAAGAUAUUAAUGAACUUGAAGAGAAAUUGGAUGCAGAAGAUGCUGCUCUUCUUGAGAGGAUCAAAUCUGCAUCACGAGCAGCAAGAGAAGUAUCAGAUGUUGCAACAAUGGAAUGUCAGGAGUUGCUUCGAUUGUUUGGAAUUCCGUUUGUCCUCAGUCCACAAGAAGCUGAAGCCCAGUGUGCGUUUCUUGACAUGAAUGAUUUAACUAUGGGCACGAUUACUGAGGAUUCAGAUGUUUGGUUGUUUGGUGGAAAGAACGUCUACAAAGAUAUGUUUGAUCGAAAACGUGAUCCAACAUGUUACUCGCUGCUUGAUAUACAAGCAGAGCUUGGUCUUUUACGAAGUCACUUUAUUAACAUUGCUUUGUGUAGUGGAAGUGACUACACAGAAGGACUUGAAGGAGUAGGUCCAGUUAGAGCGUUGGAAAUCAUGAAGGAAUUUCCUGGAGAAGGAAUGGAAAGUUUGGUUAAAUUUAAGCAAUGGUGGGAUGAUGCACAUGCACAGGUGAAACCACCAACUAGUGAAGCGAAAAUCAAAACAGAACUUCGUCGGCUGAAUGUUCCACAAAACUUCCCGUCAAAGUUGGUUGUUGAAGCUUACCUGAAACCCCGUGUUAAUGAGUCAAAGGAUAAGUUUGUGUGGGGAAUGCCGGACCUCAGUGGUAUCCGUGAUUAUCUUACCGAGAGACUACACUGGACAAGGAAUAAAAUUGAUGAAGAGUUGCUGCCAGUUUUAAAAAAGUCUGCAGAGAGGGCAACACGGAAACAAACUUAUAUAACAAGUUUUGCAAUGAAAACGAAUCCUUUGCCGAGAAAGCAAACAAAAAAAAGUAAACGAGUGAUGCGAGCCCUCACACCUCUUGUAAAGUUUGAGGAAGAGGAGGAGAGCAAACCUCCCAAGAGAGGAAGAAAGAAGAAAAUUGAUGCAAAACCGGAACCAAAGACCAAUUCUAAAGUGAAUAAUAGGAAACGUAUCAGCAGAAAAAAAACCAAACCCAUCAGCCCCGAACCAGUUGUUGACUUGAGAUUGUCGGAAUCUUCAUCUGACAUCAUCAUAAAUAACGACAUAUUAUUACUGUGAUUUUUUUUAUUAAUGAGCACUUUGACGAAAUACAACUUUCCACUUGCA